CCAUUUGUGAGACGACAAACAGCCUCUCUCUCUGUCUCGCUCUCUCUCACACACGCACCCACACACACACACACACACACACACACACACACAGUGGAGCUCGUUCUAUCAGUCUGUGAAUCAGACACAGCAGGAGCCCACGAUCAUCAUGGACAACAAAUCAGAUGUGAAAGCCAUUCGGGCUCGUUUCCAGACUGCAGGUGUCUCGAUGGAAGGAAGUGCUGCAGCACGUCCAAAACCCACUGUCCACCCAACCCUAUCAGGUCCCAUGUUGCCAUCCAAAAAACCUGCACUGGAGGUCAGCCUCUCGGGCAGUGCUGCUGCUUCUAACUCCACCACCCCUAAACCCAGCUACAUGAAGAACAUAGUCUCCAACAACAGUGCAACAGAGUCUUGUGAGUCUCCAAAGCCUAAAGUCCUCGCCAGCAGGUUUGAGAAUGCAAAUGCAAAUGAGGAUAACAAACCCCCUUUUGGUAAAAUCUUGAAACCAAAACCACCAGAUUCGAACCAGAACGGUGAACCGAAGCCAAAGGUACCAUUCCAGAAGCCACUGAUAACAGAGGCCAAGAGCACAUUUCCCAAGCCACCACCUGUGACGGCCAAACCUUUUAAGAGCCCCAAACCUGAGAACAAUGAAAGCACUGUGAACGCCACCCCUACCCCUCCAAAAAUGCCUGCAGUUCCCAAACCGAAGAGUACCGUCAACCUACUUCGGCAGCAUCAAGAAGACGAUAAGGAGGAGGAUCAUACGGCAAAACCAGUCUCACAUGUAAAGCAUCCCAGCUUCCGUGCUGCCCAAACUCUCUUCAACAAAGCAGAAGAAGUAGCAAAGGAUGAGUCCAAAUCACAAAGCUCAAAAGACUCACAAGUGCCAGGCCCUUUGGCUGUACGAAAGAAACCUAGCUACAGUGCCAAACCCUCCGGACCUGACACACAGACAGUGAAAGAUGAUCCUUUAGCCCCAAAAAGAAACCCGUUAACUAACCUUCUUGCUCUCGGCAGUGCGCCAAGCAAACCUAACAGACCACCCAAAGUCAACCUUGAGAAGUUCAAGAAGGGCGCAGAACCUCCAGGUGAGGGACCUGAAAUAAAGAAGGGAGGUCCUCUUCCUCCUCCUCCUCCUCCAGCAUCACAUCCCAGCAGCCAAGCAGCUCCAACUUUGCCUCCACGACCCAUAGUACAGCCAGAAGAGGAAUAUGAUGAUGUUGGUGAUCUGAAUGACUCGUCGUUUGGAAACUCAGGGCGACGAGAUGAGGGAAGUGGAAGUGACGGGGAGACGUAUGAGGAACUUGAUGGAUGGUCCGCAACAGAGGUGAAGGAGCAAGAAAAGAAACGGGAAAAGGAAGAGAAAAAGCGAGCAGAGCAAGAAAAGAAAGACCAGAAGGAACGUGAAAAAAAAGAACAAGAGGCCAGAAAGAAAUUCAAACUGUCUGGGCCCCUGCAAGUCAUCCAUAAAGUAAAAGCGAGAGUGGACUGUAAAGGUGGCAGGAAUGACCUCAGCUUUAAACAGGGCGACUCUAUUGACAUCCUCCGGAUUACAGACAACCCUGAGGGCCGAUGGCUGGCCAGGACUCAAGAUGGGUCCUGUGGCUAUGUAAAGACUGAAUCAGUCGAGAUCGACUUUGAUUCUCUGAAAAAUCAGAGCAGGCCUCUGCCUGACAAUGACGGAGACUUGUACGAUGAUGUGGGGUCUCAGGAGGACAGCAGUAGGAGCACCAGUGGUCCAGGAGUUGUUCUGCCUCCACCACCGGAGGGACCUGAUGAUAUAUAUGAUGAUCUGGAAGAUUCCAGCCUUAAUGUCAGCAGCCAGGAGCCCAAGCCUCUCCCCAAAGCACGCAGCUUCAUUCGGAUUCUAAAGACCCCCAGUGACUGGAGAAAAAGCCCUGUCCACACUAACGUGGUUCCUCCCCCUCCACAGUUCAGUCCAGAGGAUAACCCAGGAGCUGAUGAAAUUUAUGAUGACGUGGACACACCGCAGCCUCCUAGCAGCAUGCCUCCUUCCAAACCGAAGUCGUCGAAACCUGAAGCUAAGCCAGACGAUCCGAAGAAGCAGAAGAAAUUUGAAAAAGAGGAGAAGGAUUUCAGAAAGAAGUUUAAGUUUGACGGAGAGAUCCAGGUUCUGUAUCAAGUGACUGUAAUCGGUAAUAAGAAAGGCAGUGGGAAGGAUCUGACAGUGCAGGCCGGAGAAACCCUGGACGUCAUCAGCAACUCGGACAAUGACAAACUCAUCUGCAGGAACAAGGAGGGAAAAUUCGGAUAUGUCUCGCACAGUAACGUCCAGACUGAGGAUAAUGACAUCUAUGAUGACGUCGGUGAUGAUUGCAUCUACGACAACGACAACUGAUUGUGAAAGUGCCAGCCUCCUGAUAAAGCUGUGGAUCUCAGGCCUGUUUUAAUGCCCCGUCUGACAUUUUAUGUCAGGUUUAUUUACUCUACAUGUGGUGGGACGCAACGUGUGUGUGUGUGUGGAAUGAGUCAAUCCAGUCAUGUGACUCAAACCCAGCAGGAGUUCACUUUCAGCAGUUUAAAGGAACAAUUUGGACAAAAGUCAAAUGUACAUAAUGUCCCUUUCCCCAAAAGUAGCUGAUCAGCUGAGACAUGUUUGAUGUCCUGUCAGAUAGACUACAGUUGGGAAAAGGGGGCAUUGUGUACUAUUAAUGUGCUUGAUUUUCACCUUUAGGACAUUUUUAUACACAACUUUGAUUGUGGUUGGUAUUUACGGAUACCAAGGAAAACCAGUGUGCUACUCUGUUUAUUUCAUUUUCUUUGGUCAGAUUAAAAACGUAGAUCGUAGAUUAUAUGCAGUUGUAUAACAUUUCUAACACCAUAUUUAUGUAAGAGGCAGUAUUUUGGUUUUUUUUCCCCCUGUUAUAUUGUCACUUUGUUUUGUAGACUACAGUUUAAUAAAGAAGAUUCCAUUACA